CCGAAAAAAUGCAGCAGUACAAAAAUAAAGUUGAAAAUAUAAUGAAUUAUACGACUCCAUUCCCAUAAGCCUCGAAAGCAUAUAGCACCAGACAGAGGAGAGAAGGUGAGGUAGUGUGUCAAUGGCAGCUGGGGAUGACUUUCCCUUGACGGGUGGAGUGUCGCUCGGGACACAAGCAACUACAGUCCAUGGAUUCUCAAUCAAGGAAGCCACCAUAGACGAUCUCCAACUCGCUUUUGAGCACAACCAACUCACCUCAAGGCAACUUGUCCAAUUUUACCUUUCUGAAAUCAGUAGACUCAACCCUUUCCUUAAGGCGGUCAUAGAAGUGAACCCGGAUGCGCUUGACCUUGCUGAUAAGGCUGACUAUGAGCGCAAGACUAAGGCGCCGUCCGCAACACUCUCCAAGUUACAUGGCAUUCCCAUUCUUGUCAAGGACAACAUUGCAACCAAGGACAAGUUGAACACCACAUCUGGCUCUUAUGCUUUGGUUGGCUCAGUUGUGCCGCGUGAUGCAGGCGUUGUCACCAAGCUGAGGAAUGCCGGAGCUAUCAUACUGGGAAAGGCCAGCUUGAGUGAGUGGUCGAAUUGGAGGUCCAAUUGUGCUCCUAGCGGUUGGAGUGCCAGAGGCGGCCUAGGGCGGAAUCCUUACAAUAUUGAGGUGACGCCUAGCGGCUCAAGCAGUGGGUCAGCAAUAUCGGUGGCAGCAAAUCUGGCAUCGGUGGCACUGGGGACUGAGACAGAUGGGUCAAUUUUAAGUCCGUCCAGUUUUAACUCAGUAGUUGGCAUGAAACCAACAGUCGGUCUUACUAGUCGAGCAGGGGUUGUCCCAAUCUCCUCAAGACAGGACUCAGUUGGGCCUAUUUGCAGGACAGUAUCAGAUGCUGCUUAUGUUCUUGAUGUAAUCGCAGGCAUUGACAUCAACGAUAUUGCAACAACUGAGGCAUUGCGGUACAUCCCUGACGGUGGCUACGCACAGUUUCUCAAACUUGAUGGACUUAAAGGAAAGAGAUUAGGGAUAUUGAAAAAAUUCUAUGACUUAAAUGAUACUUUCUUGACCCAAACUUUUGAACAACAUGUCAACACAUUGAGGAAAGCAGGUGCUGUUGUGGUAGACAAUUUGAAAAUGGCUCAUGAGGUCAAUUGCCGUGCAAGUGGCAAACAUGCGUUGUCAUUUGAGUUCAAAGUAUCCUUAAACAGAUACCUUAAUGACUUGGUGGAUUCCCCGGUGCGAUCCUUGGCAGACGUGAUUGCCUUCAACAAGAAGAACUUGAAACUGGAAAAAAUCGAUGAAUACGGACAAGAGCUCUUCGAAGCAUCCGAGAAGACUAAUGGAAUAGGGGAAAAAGAGCAGAAACUGUUGUCAAAGUUAGCGACACUGUCGAGAGAUGGAUUUGAGAAGUUCAUGACAGAUAACAGACUAGAUGCCUUGGUGACCUAUUCUAGCAGUGCGUCUUCUAUCCUUGCAAUUGGUGGUUUCCCGGGCAUUGUUGUGCCAGCGGGAUAUCAUGACACUGAAAACUACCCUUUUGGCAUUUGCUUUGGGGGACUAAAGGGUUCGGAGCCAACGUUGAUUGAGGUCGCGUAUGCAUUUGAGAAAGCAACUAAGAUCAGGAAGCCUCCGCUUCUAGACCAACUUAUCUCAAGUACCACCACUCCUACUGCUCCCGAUCAAGUUGAGUCUGCGACAUCCACCAUCGCUGCAGCCACAGAAAGACUCGGCCUAGCCGCUCAAGAGCACCCCCAAGGAAGUCUCUUGCAAGAAACUGGUCAAAUAUAAUCGACCCCAAAACAAGAAGGCUCCCUGCUUGGGGGGGGACGUCUAUUAAAAUGAAAUGAUAAAAUUCAUAUGCUAGUAAAUAUUUCUGUCUUAGAAAAUCAUAUGACAUCAAAUCUUAUUGAGUAUGCGCAAUGACAGUUUCUCGA